AUGCAUAGUUUAUUAUCUUUAUUUCUCGCCGCAGGGCUACUGCACACGGUUGCUGGGCAUGGUGGUGUAUCAAACUACACGGUUGGCGAUACAUGGUACAGAGGGUACAACCCCAGCGAACCAGAAGCAGAGCAAGAUGGCCAGCCUUGGCUCAUAAACCGCAAAUGGACCUCUAUCGACCCAAUAUUUCAACCAAGCAACCACUCCAUUAGCUGCAACACGCCCGGCACACCUGCCGUAUCCUCCAUCCCGAUCCAAGCCGGCGAAAACAUAACAGCAAUCUACUACUGGUGGCUGCACAAUGUCGGCCCCAUGAUCACUUGGAUGGCCGACUGCGAAGGUCCCUGCGAGAAAUUCGACUCCUCGACGGGGAAAUGGUUCAAGAUCUGGCAAGAAGGCUUGUUAUCCGGGGGGGUUGUGGAAGGCUGGUGGUGGCAGAGGAAUUUCCAGAAUUGGGAAGGCGAUGGAGAGUGCGUCUGGCCUGUUACCAUUCCCAAGGAUCUGAAGCCGGGGAAUUAUUUAAUUCGGCAUGAGAUUAUCGCACUGCAUAUUGCGAAUAAACCACAAUGGUAUCCGGAGUGUGCGCAUUUGAAAGUCAGUGGAAAUGGGACCAAGGUGCCGGGAGAGGAGUAUCUCGCGAGUUUGCCAGGGGUGUGGACUUUGGAUCAACCUGAGAUUAAUAUUGAUAUCUAUUCGCCUGAAUGGUACAACAGGACGGACUACCCCAUUCCGGGCCCCCCAGUGUGGAAAGGAGACUGA